AUAUUGCCAACACAGAACCUUUGCGAACUAUGGCUGAUAGAUUUGGAAUUUCUAUUUCAUCUGUAUUUCGGGUUCUCCGACGGGUCAUAGCCUGGUUGAUGACAAAAUUAGAUGAAGUGAUUAGAUGGCCACAAGGGCAUGACAUAGCUACGACCAUUGAAAGUUUUUGUGCUAAGCAAGGAAUUUCAAACGUCUUGGGAGCAAUUGAUGGGACUCACAUCCGCAUAGAAAAACCUGCAGUGUUUGCACAAGACUAUUGUAAUCGAAAAAAAUUCUUUUCCAUUAGUUUACAAAUAGUGGCAGAUGCGAAUAUGCGGAUUACCAACGUACAUUGUGGAGACUCCGCAUAUCCAUCUUUGCCAUGGCUCGUUCCACCAUUUCGAGAUAAUGGUCAUCUCACACCACAACAGAUGGAAUUUAAUUUUAUACAUUCAUCCACACGAAUGUCUGUUGAAAGGACAUUUGGGCAAUUAAAAGGACGGUUUCGUCGUAUAAAAUUUUUUACUGAGUAUCGUGAGAUGUCCUUUAUCAUUAACACAGUAGUUGCGGCAUGCAUUUUACAUAAUUACUGUAUUGAUGGGAAUGAUGUUUACAAUUUUCCUGAAGAAGAUGACGACGAUUUUGAGAUUUCAGUUGAUAAUAGAGAGCUGGAAAUAUCACAUGGAGCAGCACGAGAUCGCAGAAUGGAACUUUUUACCGAACUGUUCCUUGAGCAAUGAUUUAUUGCACACACGGGGUCAUUAAUGCCUGGACACCGCAUGUGUACGUCAUUCUCCGAACGAUUAAAUAAUAUUGACUCUAUAAAAGACGAAUAACUGUAUAUGUAAUAUGUAUGUAUAUCAAAUUAUCUUU